ACAGGAAGGUUGAAUUCAACCGAAAUUCUUCGCAUAAACCUUUCAAAUAGCUAGCGGAUCUAUUGAAACUUGUGCUAUAUCAAUUCAUUCGGGAUAUGCACUUUUGCCGCGCUUAGAAAUUGGAUGUACACGCUUUCUUGACAUCUUUUCUUUAGGAGCUGAAUUCGGAUUGGGAUUUUGAUAGUUGCGUCGGCCCAGCGAAAGUUCUCUGAAACUUGGGCCUGAUUUUCUUUUCGCCUGUCGUGUUCAUAACUGCACAAUCAUGACUUCGCUAGGAUUUAUUGUAUCGACCAUCAUCCUUUGGAUGAAAUUAGGGACUAAUUUUGCUGCGGAUUUACAGGCUGGAAUGCCAAAUGUUUGUCCGUUUCAAGAGAUUGAGAUGGUCGGUGUGCGACGACCGUGUGUUCGAGCAUUUACACAGUUGGUCAAAGUCUGGAAGCCAAAUUGUGGUUAUAUGAAUAAUUGGUGUGUAGGAUACGAAAGAAGAACGCGAUACUACACGACGUAUAGACAAACAUUUCACAGGACUUAUCAGACAAAGUAUAGAUGUUGUCAAGGUUGGAAACAACUCAAUGGAGAAGGAGGGUGUCAGUACAGAGAGUGUGACAACAGUGUAUGUUUUAAUGGUGGAUCAUGUACCGGUGAUUUUAAAUCCAUGUGUAAAUGUGCUCCGGGAUUCCAAGGCCCGCGAUGUCAAUACGAUAUAAAUGAGUGUCAGUAUGAAAAUGGCAACUGCGAGAUUAAUUGCUGCAAUACGAUUGGUUCAUAUUACUGCAAAUGUCCGCCAGGAUUUCAACUAGUAGGCGGCAGGAGUUGCCAAGACAUCGACGAGUGCGCUAAAGAUAAUGGCGGUUGUCAGUAUCGGUGCGUCAACACGAAGGGCGGCUUCCAGUGCAAGUGUCCAACCGGCCAGAGGCUACAUGCUGAUGGCAGGCAGUGCAUAACUGAUGGUGGUUGCCAUAUCAACAAUGGCGGCUGUGAACACAUGUGUCAGACGCUUUUCAACGGACAUUAUGAGUGCAAGUGUCAAAAGGGGUUCAAGUUGGGAGAAGAUGGAAAGAGUUGUGAAUCAAUGGACCCAUGCCUAGUCAACAAUGGUGGCUGUUUACAGAAAUGCGUCAACUAUGGCGGCCGUGCCCAGUGUCAGUGCUACAUCGGUUACCGACUGAGCGCAGAUAUGAAAACGUGCGAGGACAUCGAUGAGUGCAAACUGAACAAUGCCGGCUGCACCCAAAUCUGUCGAAACACCCAGGGAUCUUUUGCGUGUACUUGCAAUCAGGGAUAUCAGCUUGGAGUGGAUGGCAAAUCUUGUUACAGGAUUGAGAUGGAAGUUGUAGACAGCUGCAGGGCGGAUAAGGGCGGCUGUGAUCAUACCUGUAAGCAUGUUCGCGGCGGCCCGCAGUGCUCCUGUAACCAGGGCUAUACGCUUCAGAUUGAUGGAAAAUCAUGCACAGAUACGGAUGAGUGCGAUCAGGGUACAGCUUGUUGUGAGCAUCUGUGUACCAACAACCCGGGAGGGUACACUUGUGGCUGCAAAAUCGGCUUCAAACUCAACAAGGACGGAUGCAGAUGUGAAGAUGUGAAUGAGUGUAUGGGCAAUAAUGGCGGCUGUGAACAGAUCUGCGUCAACUCGGAAGGUUCCUAUGAGUGUGUCUGUAGUUCGGGUAGCAGGCUUGCAGCCGAUGGAAAGCGUUGUCAGGUUAACACAAUGGUAGAACGGUUUGACAGCUUUGAAUAUCUUGCAAAGUACAUUCGAGACCAAAAUGUGGACACCGAUUCCCAGCUUCGUGGUGAUACUGUUCCCGGGACGAUCAGCUUCCAGCCGACCCCCCAGCCAGUUAUACCGCUAACGGACACGGUCAACCUUCAGGAGGAGCUGAAUCAACCUGACCCACAAGUUGAAUGCGUCCCCGGAACCUUUGGGGAUGAUUGUGAGUACAGCUGCGCCUCCUGUCAGAAUGGCGGGAUGUGUAACAUGCAGUUGAAUGGUUGUGAGUGCAAGCCUGGAUGGACUGGACUGCUCUGUAAUGAUACUUGCAAACCGGGCAUGUUCGGCGAAGGAUGUAAUAACAUAUGCACGUGUCAAAACGGAGGAUCAUGUGACUCAGCCUCUGGAGAAUGCCGCUGUCCCCCUGGUGUCAAGGGACCAAAAUGCGAAGACGGCUGCCCGCCAGGUUUUUACGGGACAAGAUGUGAUAAACCGUGCCCCAAGGCCUGUGCUAAGGGCUACUGUAACAGAAUUUUCGGUUACUGCGAGUGUGCCCCAGGAAUGUUCGGGCCUUCUUGUAACUUGCCCUGCCCCCAGGGGACGUAUGGGCCAAAUUGUGUCAAGCAGUGCAAGUGUGAAGGGGAGAAUUCAGAUGGAUGUGAUCCAACGGAUGGUACCUGCACUUGCAAAGAUGGUUUCUAUGGCGACCAGUGUGAAAACAAAUGUAACAAAGGCUUUUAUGGCCCAGGAUGCAAGAAGAAAUGUUCAUGUAGCUCACAGACUCGCUGUGAUCAUGUGACUGGACAGUGUAUACGGGAUUGCCCACCUGGCUGGACGGGGGAUAGGUGUGACCAACCUUGUAUCAAGGGUAGAUACGGUCGGAACUGUUUAGUCAAGUGCAGAUGCGGUGAGAGCGGGUGUGAUCCCGUCUCGGGCGAGUGUGUCUGCGCGGCUGGGAGACGAGGAUUAUUAUGCACGGAAGAUUGUCUAAAGGGCACGUGGGGUCUGAACUGUAUGAACCAGUGCGACUGCAAGAAUGGCGGAACUUGCCAGCCGAGCAAUGGCGAAUGUGUCUGCGAGCUUGGAUUCUUUGGGCCAAAAUGUGCCGAAGCUUGCCCUCCAAUGCGCUAUGGUGCCCAGUGCAUGAUGAGAUGCCAGUGCGAAAACGGAGCUGCAUGUGACCCUGUGAAUGGCAGAUGUAACUGUAGCGCUGGUUACACUGGACAGUUAUGUGACAGAGAAUGCCGUCCAGGAAUGUAUGGUGAGAACUGUGACAAGCGUUGUGACUGCAGGAAUAGCGCUGAAUGUGAUCCUCAAACUGGUGAAUGUAUCUGUGCUCCAGGAUGGAGGGGGAUCGAAUGCAGUGAACAAUGCAGUAACAAUACCUAUGGCCCAGGUUGCUCCAGACAAUGUAGCUGUUCUAACGGUGCCUCAUGCGACCAUGUCAGUGGUGCCUGUACCUGUACCCCAGGUUGGCGGGACAUGUACUGCGAAAAACCCUGUCCAGACGAUUUCUUCGGAUUAGAGUGCAAACAAGUCUGCAACUGUAAAAACGGUGCCCGCUGUAAUCACAUUACCGGAGAGUGCUCCUGUUCACCAGGUUGGAUCGGUGAGGGUUGUACGCAAGCGUGCCCACCCGGUCGCUGGGGACCAGAUUGCAAGAGAUCAUGUGAAUGUGAUAACGGAGCAACGUGUGAUAACGUGAAUGGCGCGUGCCGAUGUGCUCCGGGAUGGAAAGGCCUACGGUGCAACCAGAUGUGUCCGACUCAUUUCUUUGGCCUUGGAUGUGCCCAGAGGUGUAUCUGUACCAACAAGGCUGACUGUCACCACGUGUCUGGUAAAUGUAACUGCCCUGAAGGAUUCACGGGAAUGGCGUGCGAGUUAGCAUGUCCAGAAGGCUGGUUUGGCUUCAACUGCAGCGAGCCAUGUGACUGCAUGCACGGUCUGUCAUGCGAUCGCUACAAGGGAAAGUGUAAAUGUCUCCCAGGUUAUGAUGGCGAUAAGUGUGACAGACGUUGUCCUGAAGGGUUUUAUGGUCAAGGCUGCCGGGAGAAGUGCUUGUGUCAAAAUGGCGCAGGUUGUAAUUUUGAUAACGGCCACUGCCAAUGUGAACCUGGCUGGAGAGGGCACUUCUGUGAAAAACCAUGUCUUCCUGGAACCCACGGAGCAGGCUGUGCUGAAGAGUGUAGUUGUCCCCAGGGGGAGCCCUGUAACCACAUCACUGGAGCGUGUAACUGCCCCGCUGGCUUUACCGGACUAGCGUGUGAUAGGCGAUGCCCUGAAGGAACAUUUGGCCCCAAUUGUAAAGGACGAUGUGCCUGCGGAAGGAAUCACAUCUGUGAUCAUAUUACUGGAGAAUGUGUGUGCCGGUCUGGAUACAGAGGGAGGCAUUGCACUAGAGGAUGCAAAGAAAACUUCUUUGGCCCAGACUGCAUGUCGAAGUGCAUCUGUCAGAAUGGUGGUACAUGUAACAUGAUGACCGGAAUGUGUACGUGUCCGCUUGGCUUCAUUGGGCCAUCUUGCGGUGGCAACUGCCCGCCGGGCUUCUUCGGACAUCUGUGUAAGGAGAAAUGCUCGUGUCAGAACGGUGCUACCUGCGAUCACAUCACGGGACAGUGUCGAUGCCAGCCGGGCUAUUUUGGGAAGAGAUGUGACCGCGUUUGUCCUGAAAACACGUACGGUAAAGACUGCCAGGGACAGUGUAACUGUCACAAUGAUGCUCUCUGUGAUAAGAUGACGGGCACGUGUAGCUGUGGGAUGGGAUGGACAGGAGAGACAUGCCAAGUGCCGUGUGAGGAUGGACUUUACGGACCUAACUGUACUCAGAAUUGCAUUUGUCAGAAUGGUGGGUCGUGCGAUCGAUAUAGUGGCUGCUGUAAAUGUCAGCCGGGAUGGUAUGGCCAGCAAUGUGAAUAUGAAUGUCCCGAAGGAUUCUUCGGCGACAACUGCGGACGUAAAUGUGAUUGCGUCAACAACGCCAAAUGCGACCCAGAGACUGGUCAGUGUAUCUGCCCACCUGGGUACAAGGGUAAUACCUGUGAGAAGGUUUGCCGAGAGGGCACGUACGGGAAGCGAUGCAAGAAGGAUUGCAAGUGUGAGGACAAGUCGCGAUGUGACCCACUGACGGGAGAGUGUUCCUGUCCAUCAGGGUUUACUGGAGAGAGAUGCUUUAAAGCAUGCCCAGCUGGCCGAUAUGGUCCUGACUGUACAAUUACCUGUGACUGUGAUAGUGGUGUCAACUGCGACCCCGUGUCUGGAGCCUGCCAGUGUCCUGAUGGCAUGAUUGGGACACGUUGCCAGAUACCAGAAGUUCUUGAAAUUCUUGAAAGAAGAAAAAGACGGGCGCUGGAUUAAAUACUUGCCUCAAAAUUAACUCAGGAAUCCUCUACAUGUAGGUCCACAGAGGGGUGACAUCCCAGGCUACUUGGGAGGUUAAGAGGUCAACACCCAAGGUCGCAGGGAGAAGAGUUGAGAAUUACAUGGAUACGGUUGUCAAGGAAACACCUUGGAUACGGUUGUCAAGGAUACUGUGGAAACACCUUGGAUAUGGUUGCCUAGGGUAUGAAGGAAACACACUGCAUUAGGCUUGGAACUUUGGCAUGAUUAGAGGAUAGCAAAAUGUAACGGGUUAGAGUGCAGGCUCAAGGGGUUUGAUGCCCGCUAGGACAGAUGUAGGAAAGUCGUUACUGUAAAAACAAUGAAUGAAAGUAUUGUUGAAUACUUAAUUGCUUCAGAGAUUUGUCUGUGGGCACGAUAGUCCAUUUCAGAGGAGUGCUUGGGACAAACAUUUUGACUUCGAACUAUUUUGGGUUGACUUACCUGGAGGAGAGAUUAGGCGAGAGAGAUUUUAAAGUGAUGCCCAAACCAGCCUAUUGGACUAUUCUCCUCCUCAGAUAUUUGAACUCUGGCACAUUUGAACUUUCAUGCAUCCAAUGAUUGUGUUUUGAUAGACAUUAUUCGACCUAAUGAACAUCAGCUCUCCAUGUAAUGUCUGAACUCUUCUUCACUGACGGGCACAAUCUGCUGAAGGAGGUGAGACAAUGACUGGAACCUGCUCGGGAAGCAGUCAUUUGCUGAUGUCGCUGAAAUUCAGUUUCGCCUAAUGCGUCUCAGAUUUGAAGAGCGACACAUGGUUCUCAGCAUAUUUUCUGGUGGGAUAUUUCAGUUUGAGUUGAAUUCAGAACUUUCUUACUAAAGGUGUUUGGCCUUAAUAACAAGUGUUGUACAAUCAUUUUCGGUUUAAAUCGAACUCGAAUUGAAAUGUUUGAAUUAUCGUUAUGAGAUUCAGUUUCGACUUCAUGUAUCCAGUCAUUGUUUUAGCAGUGUUGUGGGAACAAAAGCUUGUAUCACAAUAUGCAUAUGAUAAGGUUUAUUUUGCUGUGCUAGCACUCAUGUACUGAAAUAGGCUCUGUAAGGUUGUAGGUGUCUUCUUGUUUGGUUGGGGUCGCUUGUGACUUGUUGGGUUGGUGUAAGAAAGAUGUGCUUGUCAGCCCUGCUACACUGGUUACUCAUGUUUGAUCUCUGAGAAGUUAAAAAGCUGUUUUCUGCAACUUCAAAGAUCUCAAGACAUAAACGUAUUGGCGUGAUGCCUAGGGUGUUCACUGUCCCUACAGGUUUGUCUGACAGUGUGGCAGUGCAGUCAAACUAUGGGGACUUGACAAGCACAUUUUAAGAUCCAAGAGUCAUAGAGUUUGUACUGUAUCAUUGGGGAGAGGGGAAAUGUGAACUGUGAUAUAAUGAAGAGAUAUGAAGGAAAGAAACCACAGAGGGGACACUAGAUGCAUGGCCUUGGACAGUCUGGCAAGGCACUAUUGUGAGUUGUCUCGAUCGUGUCUAGCUACCCGCGAUCUCUCCAUAGCAAAGUCGAAUUGAGUUGAGAUCGCGGGGUCGACGUCCCGAAUUGGCGACAUACAACUCUCUGGAUUGGCGACAACUCGCAAAAUGGGGAUCCUGACCUGUCUUUUGAGGAAGUAUAAGGUGUUCAUGUGCGUGGAUGGGUUCUAUUGCCUCGCGUCAUGUUUUAAACUCACGUUAGAAUGCAUUUAUUCUUUAUAUUGUUUUAACUCAGUAGUUUUAAUAGUCUACGUCUCAAUCUAUAGAUGGUGCUGUAAACAGUUGUUAUCUCUUGUUGUAGUCAGGUCUUUCGAUGAUGAAAUGUUAAGUUAAAAGCUGGGUGUUAUUAGGACAUUACUUUGCUCUAUCAAUGUUGGGUGAAUUUGGAACAACGUAAAGGGAAAUCAGAGACUGGUAGAACCCUAUAAACUGUUGGAGAGAGACGCCCUCUCCAUCUCACAAAGAUGCAGUUGGACAGAUACUCGAAGCCCCAACCACGAGAUUACAGGCACUGGGGUGGAUCUGGAACAUCGGUCUUAUAAACAGCGGUAAAAGGAAAUUUAGAAAACUGCUGGUUUUACCCAAUUUGUUGUUGCUGAUAAAUAACUGAGGGUAUGUUUCACUAUUGACAGACUGAGAUUUGACAGCAUAAUUUGGCAAAAAAUAUACCAUGGUAGAAAGAGAACAUUUGCAGCACCAUCUAUUGGUAUCACAUUAAGACUGUAGUUUAGAAACUUCAAAUAUCUCUAUUUAUAAAAUUGACCUCUUGUCCACUGAAGGUUCAUGGUUAUGUGAAUUGUUUUCUAGGGGGAGGGGUAUAAACAAUCGCAUAUACGAUUUCCCAGUUUGUCUGUAGUUGUCUAAAGCUACGUUUCCACUGCAGUGGGAACCAUCAGGAAAUUAUGGGAAUCACAUGGUUUUCACAGGCGUAGGAUAAGUUUCAAUGUAAGCGAUUGGCUCAGCAAUUGUGACUGACCUCAAAGCGUGUAAAGCCAGAAACUGUGACAGAUUCCUACUGUAGUGCAGUAUUUGGUUCGGCAGACAUGUCUUCAGUGUGCAAGGGGUUAACAUAUCAACAUGACUACUUGUAAUAAUUAGGACACUGUAAUUACGCAUAAAUUAUCUUAAUUAAUCAGUUAACAUUGUCAACACUGUCUAACAAAUCUUGAAGUGGUUGCAACUUUCAGCAAUUUCAUAGUUAAUAGAGAAGUAACCUCACAAGUAGUAAUAAUAUUGAUAAUGAACAGUAUGCUGCAACUGGGGUAGUCAAGUGACAUCCCGCUGCCACAAUCAGUCCUUCGUGCAAGCACUCAGCCACCUCAGGCUUUCUCAUGAGCAUAUUGCCCCAGGCAAUGGAAUUGUCUUGCACGUAGAAUUGACUGACAGUUUUCCUGUAAACCUAUGGGCUUUAUACUUUUUCUCUAACUUGUGUCUAAAAGGUCAAAAAAUCCUUUGUUGUACCUGACAAAUUCCACAAACUUCCAAUUCUAUGCAAAUUAUGCAAAUUUCUUGAGGUUUUAUCGAAUCCAAACUGCUGUUUUCAGAAUUAAGCAAUAAAUAUUAAUGUAUAAGGGGUGCAAAGAAGCAAUACUGUAGAUAAAUACAUUGUGUGUUAGGAACUUUGUAAGGUAAAGUGGCACAAGUAUAGUUACUCUACAAGUAUGUGCAGUAAUGUGUACUGUCGGCUGUUUAAUACACUAUAAUUGUACCACAUUAACUUAUGUUGCCAUGGCAACGUUUCAAAUCACUCUUGAACUGUCUUCCAAAUCUGUCAGCUCUGCCCUUUGUAUUCAUUGGUAAAUAUCAUGAAACAAUAUAGAUAGAUCCAAAUUCAGCUACAUGUAUGAAAAUAAUCUGUUCGAUUGACCCUGUAUGAAGGUCUGAGAGGAUCAUUUGGCACCAACAAGGGGUAGUACUUCCAUAGCAACUCCGAUGGUAAGGAGUACUACUUUGGGGCACUAAUAGACCCUAUAACAAUACUGCUAUGGGGUUCCUUUGGGCCCUGUAACCAUAUAGGCCUAGUACCACUGCUCUGGGGUUCCUUUUGACAACCUUCAGCUGGUGAAAGUUUGGUGUAGAAAGUCAAUGGUCAUAAUAUUCAUGGUACAGAUGUCAAGCAUUGCUAAACAUUCUCAAAGUCUUAGGUUUUUAUCUAGGAUGUGAAUAGCCAACUUUAAACUGGGCCAUUCAUUUGGUCUGUAAUAGGUUAAUUAGCACAAUAAUCCACAUAACUGAGUAUAGUAACAUAGUUAGUAGCAUAGUAUUUUGACCGCGCCACAUAAUUGGUGUGACAUGUGAUUGUCCAUAUAUCAUUAUACAUAAAAUAUAUAAAUAUAUAUGAAGCAGUAACUUAAUAGGUUUAAGAUUCAUGGUCAUUUAAUGAAUUCAGAUGUAAAUUAAUUGUGAUUCAUAAAAUGUGCAUUUUGAUGUUUUAAAUAAUCAUGUGAAGAAUCUCAUCUGCAUAUACAUCUCAUUUACAUAUAACUCAUUUGCAUACCAGUAUUCAGUGUAUCUCAUUUGCAUGCAUGAUGAGUUGGAUGUAAAUGAGUGUCUCAGUGAUUGUCACUUAAGGAAAACACCAUGACCUGGAAAAACUAAGUCUUGAUAAAACAUGUUCAUAGAGUACAAGGAUCAGUCUAGGCCUCCUACCUCACCCCUUAAUGACUAGGGAUGGUGUUUUCCUGAUAGCAAGAAUCUAUGUACCUGCUUAGGAUUGUAAAUGCACUGUUUUGUUGAUGUAGGCCUAUUCAGUUGGGUCAUUCACAACAAAUUGAAUUCAUUACCCCAGGCUACAUGUACCAGUAUGCUCUAGAACAGUCACAUUUGUGCUUCAGCUGUAACUAUGUAUCUCUUGGGUUAAUACAUAUCGUAGCAAAAAUGAUUUGACUUAAGGUAUUUGGGUAUAAAGAGGGAAUUCCACUUCCACACGAUGAAUACAACAGCUAUAUACUACAUUCUCCCCUUAUUGGCAAAUUGUUGUUUCAACCAUAAACAGGGGUGUGGUAUUAUGAACACAAGGCCUACAUUGGGAAGAAUAAAUGAAUACUAACAAAUAGGAACUUCAAAAAGAUCAGAAGAUUUCAUUUCCUAAAGGGACAAUUACUGAAGCUCACAUAUAUUUGAUGACCUACUCAGAUUUCACAAAAGGCAGACCUGGGUGAAAUGAACAGUCCGUCUCAACCUGCCAAGCUCAGAGUAGCAUUAGCCAGGUUUUGUUUUCUUCAAGGGCUGGAAUCUCUUCGGAGUGGAAUUGUAUGACUCCAUUAUGUGGUUUGAUACUACCCUCUAAAACCCCACCCACAUCGGCAUUCAAGAUGUCCUCAGAUACCAUGUACUGGAACAUCUAUUGGGAGAUAUAUAUAUAAUGUGUUCUCACGGUCAGCCAUGUUUGAGGGCAGAACAAUGAUUUGUCAUACCUGACUUAACUGAAUCAAAUGUUGUCAUGGUCAUUUGGGUUUGCUUUCUUUUGUCUUUCCCUCAAACAUGGCCAGUGAUGACAUCAUAUGAAACCACUCUAUUGCAGCACAAUUGCAGUCCCUCUCUUCCGAUGUCAGCAGAUGAAAAGUUCUACCAUGACGCUAGCGUGUUAGCUUCAUGGUUCCACGUGACGUACCAACGUGCCAGACAGUUCUGAUAUAUUUGCACACAGUAAAGUUUUCCUCUAAAAUGUUUGAGUAUUGCUGCUUCAAGUCAAAAAGUGGCUCCAAAUGGCUUUAACUGUAGCUUCCAGAUGUUUCCAUCAUUGGAAGGUAUACUUUUGUUAUGUGUCAGGCCAACCAGAGUUGUCCAGUCUUACUUCGCCAAAUAUGGGCAUGAUAUUAAUGUAUUCAGUAAGAUAGGUCUUAUGUCUGUACAAUGAAAGUUUUCAUCUUGGAAAUAAAAUAAUUUCAAAUUAA